GUGCCCAUCGCAGCGCCAAUCCGCAGCCGAGCAAGUCUCGAUCGUUCUGUCACAGUGGGGGAAAGAAUCAAGCCUUAGCAUGCAGAGUGUGCCGAUCACCAGCUUCUUUCUGCAAACGCAGCGCCUUUGCCUGGCCUUCGUGGUCCUCCAUCUUCUGGGUCAGGUCUCUGCGAGUCCGCGCUGUCCUUCCCCGUGCCCGCACCGCUGUCCCGAGAUGCCACCGACCUGCGCCCCCGGGGUGCGCUCCAUGCUGGACGGCUGCGCCUGCUGCCUGGUUUGCGCCCGCCAGCGCGGGGAGACCUGCUCUGAGCUGCAGCCUUGUGACCAGAGCAGCGGCCUCUACUGCGACCGCAGCGCGGACCCCAGCAACCAGACCGGCAUCUGCAUGGUGCUUGAUGGAGACAAUUGUGUCUUUGAUGGGGUCAUUUAUCGAAGCGGAGAGAAGUUUGAACCCAACUGUCAGUACCACUGCACCUGCAGAGACGGACAAAUUGGCUGUGUGCCUCGCUGUCAGCUGGAUGUGCUACUGCCUGGUCCUGACUGCCCAGCUCCAAGGAAAGUCGCAGUGCCUGGAGAGUGCUGCGAAAAGUGGACCUGUGGCCCAAAUGAGAAGGGGACCCUAGGAGGCCUUGCUCUUCCAGCCUACAGGCCAGAAGCCACUGUAGGAGUUGAAGUCUCUGACUCCAGUAUCAACUGCAUAGAGCAGACCACGGAAUGGAGUGCAUGUUCCAAGAGCUGUGGAAUGGGCAUUUCCACCCGGGUCACCAACAGGAAUCGUCAGUGUGAGAUGACGAAGCAGACUCGGCUCUGCAUGGUGCGACCUUGUGAACAAGAGCCAGAGCAACCAACAGAUAAGAAAGGAAAAAAGUGUCUCCGUACCAAGAAGUCCCCCAAGGCCAUCCACCUGCAGUUCAAGAAUUGUACCAGCCUGCAUGCCUACAAGCCCAGGUUCUGUGGGAUCUGCGGUGAUGGCCGAUGCUGCACGCCCCACAACACCAAAACCAUCCAGGUGGAGUUCCUGUGCUCCCCGGGGCAGAACAUCAAGAAGCCAGUGAUGGUCAUAGGGACUUGCACGUGUCACACCAACUGUCCUCAGAACAACGAGGCCUUCCUGCAGGAGCUGGAGCUGAAGAACAGCAGAGGGGAAAUAUAACAUGCUCCUCGCGGAGCUCUACCACCAAAUGAAUAUAAAGAGAAACAUGGAAGAAGCAGUAUUGCAUCCUGAGUCCUAUGUAUCUUUUCCAUGAUGAUACCAGGUCAUUUAUGUUUGCCUUUUUUUUUUGACUGACAGAUACUCCAACUGUAAAUGUGGAAUCAAGGUAAGCUGGGGUUAUGGCUUAGAGGUGACUUACAUUCCUGUGAUGUUUAUUACAAAUGAAAACAUCUAUGAAUUUGAAAUUCAGAUAGAUGAUUCACUUUGUAGAUUGUAUCACAUGACACAGCUUAAUUUUGUUAUGCACUAGUGUAAUUCUAAGAAAAAUGACACUGCAUUGAAUGAUGCAGUGAAAUCUAGGAUCCAAAAUUUAGGAUCUUUUAUUUCAUCAACUAUUGAGAUUUUUAUUUGAGAGUUCUCUAUUGGGCUCCAUUUUGAGGAGGAUAAAGUCUUCACUUCCAAACACAAGAUUAACACAAAUGUGUAGCACUUCAACAUAAAGUCCAGAAACUUAAUUUUUGGUUUAGUUGUAUACUAAGGAAGCAUUCUUUAUCUACAUAAAUGAAAUGUUUGGUAAUUAAGUGUACUGGUGUCAUGAACUUGCCCCGUUGAAGAAAAACUGACUCCUUUCCAGUAGAAAGAAGCUAAACAGAGAACUUCCAGUUCAGAUAUGCCUGGGUCUCAGACUACUCUGACAUUUGUAUGCUACUAAAACACUAGUUUUAUGAUUCAACAGAAAUUGAGAUCAGUAAGUAUCUUCCUGAGUAAGUAAACGGAAUACAUUGAGACCCACUGUACUAGAUUACCUCCCCUUAUGACUUUUCAAGGGUUCUUUGAGUAGAAGAAGAAAACAAUAGAAGAAUAAAACAAUAGGAACAAAAUCCACAUGUCUGUGACAGUGAGAAACCACAAAAGUGAUGAGAGUUUAGAAUUACUGUAGACUUAUCCAGAUGGGUCAUCAUUAUAAAAACUCAUAAGCAAAGUGUAUGUGUCCACAAACAUGUCUCUAACAGAGCUUACUCGAAGACAGGCUACAAAGCUAAUCUAUAUAUUCUUCUGUGUCACCCUACGCGUUCCACUUUUCUCCCUCAAAGUAUUUAUAAAAAUGUAAAUUAUACGUUUUGUAAAAUAGCCUUCUAACUUCUGUACUUACCAGUUAUGACCAAGAAAGAACAUGAUGUUCUCAGAGUGUGACUCCGGUAUAAUUUUGUGCUGUACCUGUCUCACAUUAUUGCUUACUAAGUAGAAAAUAAAACUUUAUGAAUUACAA